AUGCACUCACCGGCUAUAGACUCGUCCGGCUACUCCUCGAUGGGUGGCGACGUGUUGACGGGCGUCGCCGGGCAGUACGCCCAGCAGUUGGCCCUCGGGUUGCAUACGGAUAACCAUAGUACACGGUCCGACUCGCGGUCGACGGACGGCUCCGACUCGUCGACGCCGAAUCCGGAAGAGCAGCCGAUCAACGGCAAUCGAGCUCAAACUACCCCCCAGACCCCGGCAGCCCAUCCGAACGGCAAUGCAAAUCAGCCACAGCCGCCUCAGCAACAGGCUCCGAUCGCCCCAUUGGGGAUGGCCCUCCAGCAUGCCACCGGUCUCGAGGCGCCCGUCUCCAACUUCCCCGGCUUCAACAACCCGGAUCUCUUCAACUUCCAAAAUCCCUCCAUCCUCCAGUACCCGUCGAUGUUCUCCGGAAUCGGCAACCGGAUGCCGAAAACAAACGGUCCUCUUGACAUUUACUACAGGAGUGGUGUUCCAUUCUUGGAAUCCAAAAACCUCUGGAGACCGAACAGUACGCUAAACGCCAAA